UCUCACCUUUGAAUAUUUCUCCCCACCUCACACUUAACAUCAGAAGACCCCUUUUUGGUAGAGCACUGUGGAACCAAGUCACACUGAGAGAGAACAGAGUCCUUUUAAGUCAAUGGCGUCCUUAGCUUCAUCCACAACCCUUAUAUCUCCCUCUAGGGUUCUUCCUUCCAAGCCUUCUCUUUUAUCUCCAGCAACCUCUUUACUCCGUACUCUUCCCUCUACCUCCGCAACAACGUGUUCUCUCUUCUCCGGUUUCUCCUGCAUCAGUCCCCUCACCUGCAACCGCUCCUCUUCUCGCCGUAACUUCGCCGUCAAGGCCCAGGCCGAUGAUUUGCCACUGGUUGGUAAUAAGGCGCCUGAUUUUGAGGCAGAGGCUGUUUUUGAUCAAGAGUUCAUCAAGGUGAAGCUCUCUGAGUACAUUGGUAAAAAGUAUGUGAUUCAGUUUUUUUACCCGUUGGACUUCACUUUCGUCUGCCCUACAGAGAUUACUGCCUUCAGUGACCGUUAUGAAGAAUUUAAGAAGCUAAACACCGAAGUGUUAGGUGUCUCAGUCGACAGUGUGUUCUCGCAUCUUGCGUGGGUCCAAACAGACAGAAAGUCAGGAGGACUUGGUGAUCUGAACUACCCACUUGUCUCGGAUAUCACUAAAUCCAUUUCAAAAUCUUUUGGAGUGCUCAUCCCUGACGAGGGCAUUGCACUGAGAGGGCUUUUCAUUAUUGACAAGGAAGGAGUCAUACAGCAUUCCACCAUCAACAACCUUGGUAUUGGCCGAAGCGUUGAUGAGACUAUGAGAACCCUCCAGGCAUUACAGUACGUUCAAGAAAACCCUGAUGAAGUCUGUCCUGCAGGAUGGAAGCCCGGGGAGAAAUCGAUGAAACCUGAUCCCAAGCUGAGCAAAGAGUAUUUUUCAGCCAUUUAAAAAGCUUUCAUAUAGAGGACAUGUUUAUCUUUUACUAUGUUGGAGAGUUCAAUUCGUUUAAUUUUUGCCAAAAAUAAAAAAUUUGUUUGAAAGUCUUUGCGAUGCCUUCAUUUCUUAUGAUUAUGCCAUGUGAUUCUCCUGAAAAUUUGAAUUAAGAAUAAUAAAAAUUUAAGUGUUUC